GAAGUGCUCCUGGAUCCAGGUGGAAGCAGCUGUGGGGCCAGGGAAGGAGAGAAGACCGUGCACGGUUUCAUCCUCAUAUCUUCAUCCAGAGGAUGGCCUCUGCAGAUGAACUACACUGCAAUGUAGAUGAUUCACCAACACAUGAUGAUGGAUCUGACAGUGCACAGUUUUCUGAAAAUGAGUCAAAAACAAGAGCCAGGACAUCCCUUCUGGACAGCACUGAAGAGUUUGAAAUAAUUGACAGUACUGGGGAAGAUGAUGAUGAUGAUGAUGAUGAUGAUCUGAGUGAUCUCCCACUAUUGGAAACUGUUGAGGGCCAGGAAAAGGAGAAAACUCAGAAUGAUGAAAAAGAGGAAAAGUCCCAUGACGUACUUGAAAAUGGACCAGAAGAAGAUUGGGUAGAUGUUUUAGGUAAUGGGGCCCUGAGAAAGAAAGUUCUAAUCAAGGGUCAGGGAGUGGAGAGCAGACCAAAGAAAGGGCAAGAUGUCACAGUGAAGCUGACGACUAGUCUGAAGAAUGGCAGUGUCGUCGAGGAACAUGUCAACUAUGCUUUUACUCUGGGAGAUGGUGAUGUCAUGCAGAGCAUGGACCUGUGUGUGCAGCUCAUGGAACUUGGAGAGACUGCGUUAAUUGAGGCAGAUGCUAAAUAUUGCUAUGGAAAGCAAGGAAGGGAUCCAGAUAUUCCACCCAAUGCAGAUCUUCUUCUUGAGGUGUCCCUUCUUGAAGUGAAGGAUGAGCCAGACCUGGAACUACUUACUGGACAGCAGAAGCUGGAUUUGGCCAACAAGAAGAGGGAACGUGGAAACUACUACUAUCAGCAAGCAGAUUAUGUAUUUGCAAUAAAUUCCUAUGACAUAGCCCUGAAGAUUGUGAAUUCCAGCUCUAAAGUGGACUUUACAUCUGAAGAGGAAGCUGAAUUACUAGAUGUCAAGAUGAAGUGUCUGAACAACCUGGCUGCUUCUCAGCUUAAACUUGAUCACUUUGAGGCUGCCUUAAAGUCUUGUAAUAUGGUCUUGGAGCAACAACCUGAAAAUAUCAAGGCUUUAUUUAGAAAAGGAAAGGUAUUGGCCCAGCAAGGAGAGUACAGUGAUGCUAUAGCCAUCUUAAGAAAAGCACUGAAACUUGAACCUUCAAACAAGACAAUCCAUGCUGAGCUCUCCAAGCUAGUGAAGAAGCACUCUGAACAGAAGAAUGUAGAAACUGCCAUGUACAAGAAGAUGCUGGGAAAUGUGUCCAGCUCCACCACCAAGGCAUCCUCAAAGUCUUCUUGGUCUAUCUCCUGGAAGUGGCUUUUUGGGGCAACAGCUAUAGCAAUAGGAGGUGUAGCCCUUUCAGUUGUAAUAGCGGCCCGCAAUUAAGCAAACGUAAUGUCGUCAUGAGGAUGGAAGCCAUUUUGUGAGAAGAUCUAAAGGAAUCAGCAAUUCUCACUCUACCCUGAAAGAAUUUCUGUCCAAGUGCAGUGUACAAUCUGAAAGAUAUCAUAUGUAAUAUUCAUAUAUAUAUUUUCUUAACAAACGGACUCACGUUUUCCCUUCAAUUACUGUGAAAAGGAGCAUUGUUUUAUGGAAUAAGAUAGAAGCGAAAAGAAGGCACGUAAAGUUGGCUGCUGUUUAAACUUUUAUUAUCGAUUCUGUUGUGCGCACUGUAAUACUACAAUGGACGGAGACUGCUAUUUUCAGACUGGUAUCUGAACCCUAAAUCGUAUUUAUGUUAACCUCAUAUUUUGUCAAAUGCAUAUUCCAAAAAUAUGUGCAAGUAUCUCUUCAGCUAAUGACCUUUUUGUUCUCCUAUUACCUACU